GGAGAUGGGGGAUGCUAAACUUGGAGAGAAAGAAGGGAGUGGGUUUAAAAGAGAGGAAAGGUAUGUUAUGGUAGUGGGGUUUGCUUUUUUGGAGAUGGAAACAGACACCUUUUCUUUCAUUAGCUUCAAAUAAUUGUUCACGACAAGCUUCUUUUCAAUUGCUUUAGAGAUUGAUGAAGGUGGAGUCUUUAUUAAAGAAAUCAUGCAUAAAGAGAAAAUUAGGAAAGGAAAGGAAGUGCAUCAGUGCAUGCGUAAAGGUGUUUUGAAUGCUUCGUCGUUUGGUUUUCGUAUUUACAGAAAAGAGCUAAACGCGUGCAUUGAGGAAUGUAGGGAAGGAAUACAGCAAGUGAAAACCGGCAGAAAAUUAUUUGGAAGAAAUAUGAUAAGGACCUAAACUACAAGUCGGCCACUCUUCAGAGUUCAUAACUUCAAACAGGUUUUUGAAGUGAGCUGAUGCCAAGAAUUAGGAGCCCUAAUUGGGCUGAUCUAAUGUUGGACUUUGGAAGUUAAACCAAGAUUGAAGUAUCAAACAAAAACCUAUGAAAAAGCCCGGCCCAAAUACCAUAUGCAAGCCCAUCGCCAUGGUGUUCUCUCCCGUCUCCGUACUAAAAUACUAAUAUAUGUUGCAUUGCCGAAAAAUAUAUUUAUUAUUAACUUAUUCCCUGAUUUAGCAAGACAUAGCCGUCCAAUCAAGAGGAAAGUCGCCAGAUGAAGCCGAACUACUGUUUUGUAUUACAUUGCUGUCAGUGCUGUGUUGUCGAAUCCAAUGUCAAUCUGCCGAUUCUGGACUCUUUCUUUGUCUUUGAAUUUCUCACUUUGUCCUCAUCGUGUGGCUUUCUUUCUUAUUUACGAACCCAAUAACAUAAAUGGUCUCUCUCUCCCCCACUGCUCAGUCAAUUGGUACUUGCUUCGUUUCGAGUGGCUUCGGGACAACCGAAAAGAGAUGGCAGAUUGGGGGCCAGUGGUGAUAGCUGUGGUGCUGUUUGUGCUGUUGACGCCAGGGCUGUUGUUCCAGCUGCCAGGCAAUAGCCGAGCGGUGGAAUUUGCAAACAUGCAGACGAGCGGAGUAUCCAUAUUGGUCCACACCAUCAUCUACUUCGGACUCAUCACCAUAUUCCUCAUUGCCAUUGGUGUUCAUAUCACCACCGGAUAAUUUUAUGCAUCUGUAAACCCACCUCUUGUUUCUCCUCCUGAUUUUGUAUCAUUUUUUUUUCUCUUUCAUCUGAAGUUGGUUCAUCAGCAAGGUAGUUAGAACGAAAUGGUGUUGUACUUCGUGUGGCUCCUUAGCACCAUCUCUGAAAUAUCUUACAUGCCUUUGGUUUCAAAUUCGAGAAAAUAUUUUUUGGGUUCUGCCUAUUA